AUGGAUAAAUACAACCAAAUACUUCGAAUUUCUAAAGUAAUCUUAGUUGGUCCAUUAGAAGAGUUCGACGAUCUAACUAUAGAUCUGAGAGAAACCUUCCAAAUGUUUGACCAUACGUUCUUCGGAGGCACCCUCAAAAAAUGUAAAGUGAAAUUUUCAAACAAUUUGUACAGGUAAGACAAGUCAUGUUAUUAUAAAUUUUUAGGUAUGCUGGGUUAUGCACCUACAACGGAAUGAACGAAAAAUAUCAAUGUACUAUAAGGUUAUCCGAACCAUUGCUUAAACUAAGAACUAGAAGGGACCUUUUGGAGACACUGCUGGUAAGGAGGUUAUAGUAAAUAAAGAAAUUUUACAUUUUUACAAUACACAACUAUACAAAACGAUGUUAUAGCACGAAAUGAUCCAUGCCUAUUUGCUUAUUCACGGUGACGAGGACGAGGAACACGGCCCACUGUUCCUAGAUCAAAUGCGGCGAAUCAACAAGAUGACUAAUGUCAAGGUUACAGUAUAUCACUAUUACAUCGAUGAAUUGGAUUUCCACCACCCUCAUAGGUGGAAGUGUGACGGCCCAUGUCAGUUUAAACCUCCUAAUUAUGGCUACAUCAAGAGAAGAACAGAACGUGAGCCAUCGGAGAAGGACUCUUUCUGGGAAGCUCACAAACGGAUCUGUGGAGGUACCUUCAUCAAGGUCAGCAAACCAGUACCUCUCGAAAAAAAAGUGACGCCAUUUCAGGCAGAAGGUAGACGACUUUGCUCUGUAUCCUCCGUUGAUGAGGAUUCCAACGCUGAAGAGGCAAACGAGUCACCUGAUUUUAAUGUAUAUAAGUCUCAAGAAACACCGCUUGAGGUUAUGGCAUCUCACGGAGACGUAGUACAUAAACCGUAUGAUGAUAUUUUACCACACCCUCCGAAUGUCGCUUGUCAAGAAGAUGAGAAUAAAGGUAAAGAUGUUGCAGUAGCUGAGCAGAAGAACGAAGCUGAAGGAACCAGCAAUGAAGUGGCAAGAAUCCAAGGGAAAGCUUUGAGAAAUAAAUUCUUCGACUGUUUUUUGAUAAAUCGAAAAACUCUUGCUCGUGCGAUAAGAAGAAAGUGGCGAAGGAUCAUUCGCGCGAGUCUCUGUUUGCUGUGUAUUCCUAGAAAGGCUAAGCCUAAAAAUAAGAUCGAGACUUGGAUUUUACCUGAUGCAGAAGAAGUGGACAGUGAGGAUACUACCACAGCCACACUGGAUGAUGGAGUAGAAAAAGAAUUCGAGAUACGGGAAGACUUAUUGCCAGCUCCAACCUUCGAGGAUAACUUCAAAGGAACAGGUAACACUUUAGUUUACGUUAUGUUUAUAACAAACUAUGGUCUAUGUCAUGUGACUCAAACGUUUUAGGAGCAACACUUGGAGUACCUGCAAACACAACAGAACCUAACGUAAACCACAACGAUCUGGUACUGUGCUGCAACUGUCCUAAACGGAUACCAUUCAAAGCCUUAAACGAACAUCUGGCACAAUGUCUUCCACAAAAUGACUUAUAA